UUGUCUAUUAUCAUCAAAUGUUUCGAAACAAAAACGAAAAUGAGUUUUGAACGUGAUCUGCGAUGUGUCUUUGUGCUGCAGGUGCUUGCAGGAUAAAGGAUCAUUUUCGUAUAUAAGCAGCUGAAUGAAAAUGAAAAUUAUUCUCGAGACGUAUCACUCGUACCCUACAGAAACAUGUCGGCCAAGACUUUUUUCGUCGUUUGCGCUGCGCUUCUUGUCCAGAGCGUGGUGUUGGCGUGCCCGGGAGCACCUCUGCCCCUGUGCGGGGGGCGGGGCUACUCAGCACUGAGCGGCGGCAUCGUCUCCUCAGGAGUCGCGUCCGCCAGCGGCGGCGGUCUCCCCGUCUCCAUCAGCUCCCCCACCACUCCCAGUGGCAUCUCCCUCCUGUCGCAGAACUCGAUCAGCGGCAAUUUAUAUGCCUCCGGUGAGAUGCCGUUCCUCGCGGCCGUGGCUUUGAAGGGACAAGUGCCGUCCUCUGGCUCAGCGGGCACCUCGUACAGCUGCGGUGACAGCAACAUCGGCAUCUCGGGCCAGACUCUCUCUGCUGCUGGCAUCAGUGCCUCCAAUGCAGGUUACGGCAGCGCUUUCGGUGCUCGCAGAUUGGGAGGCUGUUCAUGCGGCCGUGGAAUCUACUAAGAUCUUGAGGUUUAUCCGUUGCGUAAUCCUACAUAGAUUCUGAUGUUUUCAAUAAUUUAAUUACAAAUGCAAUAAUUAUGAAUUUCUGUAUUACUUAUCUCA